AUGUCUCUCCCAACUCGUGUCAUCGGAGGUCACAAGGCUGCCGUCAAUAACCCUAACGUCUCUGACGACGCUAAGGAGCACUCCCGUCAAGUCAUCGGCGAGCUCGACGAGGCUCCCGAGACCCAGGAAACUCGUCAGAGUUACCAGGAGGGUAAGGACGAGACACGCGUCAACGCCGGUUUCAAGGCUACAUUGAAGAACCCGAAUGUCAGCGAGGAGGCGAAGGAGCAUGCUCGGGAUGUGCUCGAGGACAAACACGCUUUCUAA